UCUGGGCCCCUACCCCUCCAAAUCCCCCCAGGGCCUUUCCUGGGUCCCCACUCUCUUUGUUCCCUAUCCCGACCCCGACCCCUCCGAGGUUCCGGACCCCACAAUGACUUCCCUGGGCUGCCCUCCACCCCCUCCGCUGCCCCCGCCCCCGGCCCCCCCUGGCGGCCCCCCCCACGUCUUUGGCCUCGAGAAGAGCCAGCUCCUGAAGGAAGCCCUGGCCCGCUCGGACCCGGGGCUGGGGGCGCGGGAGGACGUCAGACGGCUCCUGAGGCUCCACAAAAACCGUUUCAGGAGCGAUUUGAAGUGGAUUCUCUUCUGUUCAGACGUGCCCUCCCUCAUCCAAGAAGGGCCUCAGUGUGGGCUGGUGGCACUGUGGAUGGCAGGCUCUCUGCUGACUCUCCCCCAGGACAUCCCCUUGGAGAGGAUUGUGGCUGUGGCUCUGGAGAGAGGGUACACAGCUCAAGGAGAGAUGUUCUCAGCAACCAACAUGGCCAGGCUAGCCGAGGAGGUCUUUGGGUGCCAGGUGGAGCUGCUCUCUGGGGGCCUGGGUGAGCCCAAUCGAUGCCACGUCCUCCAGCACCUCGUUUCGGGCUGCCCCCUGCUGGUCCCCUAUGAUGAGGACUACAACCACGAGCCCUGUAAGAAGAGGGGGCACAAGGCCCACUGGGCAGUCGGUGCAGGCGUCCUGCUCGGAGUUCCUAGUCCAACACUGAGUCCAGAUUAUGAAGAGGACACAGAGCUGAAGGGCCUGUUCCACCCAGCAUCUGACAAGCCCCCUCUCCUCCCUGAAGACCCUCCAGAGGCCAUCUACCUCCUCUCUAAGCAGGGCAAGAGCUGGCAUUAUCAGCUCUGGGAUUAUGAACAACUUUGUGAGAGCAACUUACAGCUGACUGACCUGGCCCCAGUCAGGACCACGGAUGGCAAGGUCUACGUGGUGCCUCCCGGUGGGGUGCAUGCAGGCCUCUGCGGCCAAAGCCUGCUGCUCCGGCCCUAGGACGCGGGCCUUCCCCUGGGCUGUGGCCUGCCUGGGAAUCAGGCCUGCUGUGUGUGCGCACGUGUGUGAUGCUGGGGUCCUCAGUUUCCCCAUCCAUCCCCUCUCCUGCCUGCCCCACUGAGAUGCUGAGAGGCCCAUAUGAAAUGACAAGAGCCAUGGUGGUGGACUGAGGAACACUGGCCCCGGAGACCAGAGGCCAAGUUCUAGUCCUGGCACCUUUGUGCUAUUACUUGUCCCUGGGACUUAGCUCUCCCCUUGUGCAAUGGGGUGUGGUGACGGGAUGUGAGGGCUCAUUAAACGGCCAUGCCAGUGUGAGAA